AUUUCAUACCCGAGCUCAAAGAUAAACAACACGAAGCAGGAAAAUCCCAACUUCUCCUCAUCUGCCAGACUAUGAAAACAAUCCCAUGGGCUGAAGCAUCUGCAGAAUAAACUGGAGUGGGAAAGUUAAUAGCUUACAGCUGAAAUCCUUCUCUUGCAAGAUUCCCAGCUGCUGGAAGUGAGUUUACUAGGGAACGAAGUGGUCAGGGAUCGAAAACUUAUUUUGGAUGCUUGUCAGCUUUCAGAAUAAUACCAAAACGCUGGAGGUCUGCAGCAUCUUUCACCUCAGGAUCUCACCCACCUGGGACACUUGAUGGGCUCCCUCCAGAAAACAGCUGUCUGCCUCUUGUUCCUGUCCAUUUUCUCUAGUGCCUCCAACAGCACAUUUGCAACCUUCAACUGCAAUGCUGUCAAGACAGAAUAUAAAAAAACGGCAGUAAUUUCAUGCACUGGCAACAUGAAAAUUACAAACAUAGUAGUUAAGCGCUGUGAAAGGUGUAAUAAACAGAACUCAUCCUUAGAAACUAUUAUUAACACGUGGAAAGGAAACUAUUCCAGUGAAAAGGGAAGAAUUCGGUUGGAGCUACAAGACAACGUUUCGAAAGUGCACAUACAGGAAGUUAAAGCAACUGAUCAAGGAGGUUAUAAAUGGCAUCUUUAUUCUGACAGUGGGGAAGGCAAUGGAUGUAUCAACCUUGAGAUUACAGCUCCUGAAAUUGAGCCUAGCCUCACCUGGAACGGAAGAGUGCUCGCCUGCCUGUCACCUACAGGGCAUCCACAAAGGCAGGUCCAUUGGUUUGAUGGUCACAGGAAUAAUCUGACAGGCAGUGCAAGCCUGGUGUCUGAGGAAGCAGAAGGUGGCUUAACCAGCCUUACCAGCACUCUCCAUGAGAAACCCACCUUAACUGCCUCCGAGUAUUGCUGCGCUGUGCUGUAUGAUGUGCACACCAAGAGAAACAAAACCAAGUGCCUUAGUGCCCACAAAGCAGUUGCCGAUUACCUUCAUUUCACCUCAACAUCAGAUCAGGAAAUUCCGAAGACCAUGAAAAAUCAGGAAAUUCCGAAGACCAUGAAAAAUCAGGAAAUUCCGAAGACCAUGAAAGAGCACAUUCCCAUCAUUCUAGUGCUCGUCGUUCUGGUUCUCUGCUGUUUUGCAGCUGUUCUAUACUACAGGCACCGCCAGCGAGCAACAGCCAAAGGGAAUUUUGCAGACCUAUUAAGGACUCUCCUUCCACUUUUGAGACAAAAUGAAAAAGCAAGAGAAAAUGCACCUAACCAAGAAGUGUGAUGUGUGAAAACAAGAUGCCCCCUCAAUGAAAAUGAUGAUCCAGCCUGCACCAAUGCAACUAAAUUUAAGCAAAGGAGUAGAUACAGAAACUCAGUCAUUCAGAACAUACACACUAUGCAAUCCAACAGUGUGAAGCAACCAGCAUUUUAAAGACUUUUUUUUGUCAGACAUCCUGUUUUGCAGACUAGGGUCUACAUUCUCCUCUCAGUUUCACUGGUGUAACUCAGUGGAAAAUGUGGUCUGAUAAUUUGAGUACAGUUCUUUCCCUCCCUGAAACACUGAUGCUUUAAGGCCAUAUUUUCACCACUUUUGAUGGAAUCAAAGCUUUGCUUCGUACCUUAAUAGCCAGCCCUUUAGGAUGGGCUAAUACGGCAGCUACACGUAAGGAGCAUUUUAUCCCCUGCAUUAUGUAGCAUUAUUAACUUGCUGCCAUCAGGACAGAAGUGCAGUGCAUGAUCACAAAGACUUUGUGGUGCGAGUGCCAAUCUAAUUCACCAACCAAAUGCUGUAUUGUGAGGGGACUGUGGAACUGGGAAACAUCCCCUGACUCAGCACCAACUUCAAUUACUUGCAAGAGUUGUCUGCUGAAUGGAAAUGCUGAAGAGAAAAUGAAUGAGGCCCCAACUUCACAAUUAGAUUGCAGAAGUUAAUUGCACUGAUUUUCUUCCGACAUAUGAUAAAAAGUAUAGAAAGAAUGUGGGGAAUCUUGUUUUGUGGGCUGACAGUUACCUGGAUUAUUUCACCCUAUAGAAUGAAAAUGUGCUGUUUGUCAAGGCUUUUAAUCAUGUAAUUAAAAUAUCGAUUUAGGACAC